AGCAACGUCAGCACAUGUGGCGGAAGUGGCGUCACUGGGAGCGGAGGGCAGCGCGGCGAGCCCGCAUGGAGGAUUCCGCGCCGGAGACGCAGCAGCUGCGCAGCCUGCGGGACUUUCUGCUGGUCUACAACCGGAUGACGGAGCUCUGCUUCCAGCGCUGCGUGGCCGACCUCAACUACCGCGCGCUGACCCGGGACGAGGAGGCCUGCCUGGACUGCUGCGCCGGGAAGCUGGUGCGCUCCAACCACCGCCUGAUGGCCGCCUACGUGCAGCUGAUGCCCUCCCUGGUCCAGCGCAGGAUCGCCGACUACGAGGCCGCCGGACGCGACCCCGCCGCCCUCCCGGGGCCCGACGCCUCCUGACCCGCCUCGCCCGCUGGGACGGAGCCCCGAAGGGCGCCCUUGCGGGGCCGCUGAACGCCGGGAAGCCCCGCGGGCGCGGGUCUCCUCCGAUGGACUCUGCUGACUCCCCCGAGCCCCCCCAGAGCCUUCCCGGCCUUGGGGAGCCAUGGCCUCUCCUGAGGAGGAGGAGGAAGCAGCGACUGCAACGACUGGAGCAGGGGGACACAUUUGGGUGGGUGAUGAGAGGAGCCCAGACAGGCCCCUUCCAUUAGAAAAACACAGGAGAGGUGAGCUGCUUCAGAGUGCCUUGGAGUCCUCCUGGGUCACAAGCGGAAUGCGGCCCUCCUUCUCACCGGGCACCCAGAGUGGGUCAGGAGGAGCUUUCAAUGACUGAGAAGUCUCCUGGCCAAGACCCUUGAAAGCCAUUGAAACCCAACCCUCAAGGUUCUUUGCGUCUGCUGACCCCCCCACACUUCCUCUUGCCAGAGGCUUAUUCACCCUUUCCCAAGCCGAGGUGGAGGCUAGAGCCUAAAACAGUCCUACCCAAAGGAUCCUGGCCCGGCCCUGGAGCGUCUGCUUGAAAGAGGACUCCGACAACCUAGAAUGGGCAGCGAUGGGAUUGGAUGGCCUAAAAGGCCCCUUGGGUGGUCUUGGUUCUUCAAAAUGGCCUCAGAAAUCCCCUAACCCGGGGUGCGUUUAGCUCCCUGUUACCUGUGCCUGUGUGGUUGCUCCAUUGUUAUGCUUAAGUGAGUUUUAAGCACACCUGGUCUGGGCUGGAUUCAGCCACAGCAUUUGGUUUUCCCCAGGCACGCUUGCUUCAAAUGCAACAGGGAGGGUCUGCGGAUUGGUGGCCUCAGGGGGGAAAUUGCCAGACAAGCUCCCAGAAUGUGAUGGCCAGAGGGCAGUGCUGCUGAAGGCCAGUUGUUGCGCUGCUGAGGAAUUGGCUGGACAGAAGAUGCCCAAGGGAUUAUUACUUUGAGGCUGGCGGCAGCGGGACCAAUACCCUUCUCCCUCACUUGCCAUGUGGAAUGAAAGGUAGGAAUAUCAAGUCACUGAAAGGCCCCAUUGCAGAGCCUUGCUGGGAGAGCUCCACGGUGGUCCCCGGGAUCCAGGGAGGCGAGAGGCUCCCUUCCCCUAGAUCUGUUCAAGCAAAGCAGGUAGUCUGGCCAGAUGUAGGGAGGAAUGCCCCUUAAUUUAACCAUGUUCAACCUCUGGGAACCCUCUGGACAAUGUGUUGAGCUGCAACUCUGUUCAAAGGAAGGGUAACUUCCUGGCUUCUGGUAACAGCAUAGUUUUUGGGGCAACGGUGGAAGAGUGGUUUGCCACUGCUUUUUUCUAGUCUGGUCUAAUGAUGAGGCCUGGAUUAACAAGACACAACUGGUUGGAUUGAGUUUUAUUACAUUUUAAAUUGAGUAAUGACCUCAUUUUCUAGAUAUAUAAUAUAAGGAGUUCCACAACAAUUAUGUAGUCUUGUUUUUUGGAUUGUAUUAAAUGAUGAAAGAAACGGA